AUAUACUUCUCUUAUAUAUAUGGUUUCGUUAGCGUCUGUGCUGCUAACAAAUGUCAAUGAGAGCUCUAGAGUUUCAUUUCUUGAACUACACAGUGAAUUACUGAGCACUAAAUCAGAACCCAUUGUACCAUCUAAGCUGUUUACUGACUCCUUAUCGUCUUCUCGUUCUUCCGCAUCCGUACACAACUGAUCCACCAUAAUCAUGUUGAGAAACUUUCGCUGAUCUGAUGGGUGCCACUCUUAGACCUGACCUCUUGACACACGGCGGGAAAAAUUGAAUACACAACGAAAUAACCUAACCUUGUUGCUGUUACCUUACUCUAAGCUCUUACUCUUACUACCUUACUAAUUGUGUUGCCUUCUGUGUCGUGUUAAGAGAAAAAAAACUCAUGUCUAAACAGGUGUUUAAACUAUGCUGCAAAGCAACAGAGCUCCAAUUAAAGGGCACUUUAAAUGGAGGUCAGAGUUUUAGGUGGCAAAAACAAACGAAUAAUGGAGCUGAAGAAUGGAUUGGCGUAUUCAAAAAUAUGGUAUGGAUUCUUCAACAAUCCGAAGAAUUCCUAACUUGCCAAGUCCAUCAGAAUAAUGAAAAUGAACUGAACGUGGACCAACUAGAAACGCUUUUAAGAAAUUACUUCCAUUUAGACCUAAUCAAUUUAGAAGAAUAUUACGAAAAGUGGUCCUCAAGUGACCCAUACUUCAGACAAGCAGCUAAGGAAUUUUAUGGAAUCAGGAUAUUACAACAAGAUCCUGUAGAAAAUCUCUUUUCCUUCAUCUGUUCCCAGAAUAAUCACAUUACAAGGAUAUCAAGUAUGGUUGAAAAAUUGGCAACGUUUUACGGAUCAAGAAUAUGCGAACUGAAUGGAAUUGUGUAUUAUGGUUUUCCCAAGGUGGAAGACUUGGCAGAUGCAAAGGUUGAGGAAAAUUUGCGAAAAAAUGGAUUUGGUUAUCGUGCCAAGUACAUAGCUAAAGCUGCUCAGGAAAUUGUUAAGGAAGGGGGCGAUGCUUGGUUAGAGAAGCUUAAAUGUAUGGAUUAUUUAGAUGCCAAAAAAUGUUUAGUAGGCUUAACUGGUAUUGGGCCAAAGGUAGCAGAUUGUAUUUGUUUGAUGUCACUGGGACAUCUACAGGCAAUACCAGUCGAUACGCACAUGUAUCAAAUAGCAUCUAGAUUAUAUUUACCAAAUCUACCCAAACAGAAAAGCAUUACAGACAAAAUAUACACAGACAUUGGUAAUCAUUUCAGAAAACUAUAUGGUCCUCUGGCAGGCUGGGCACAUACAAUACUAUUUUGUGCAGACCUAAAGCAGUUUAAAACUGUAGAAAAUGUAAAGGAAGAAAAACUAACAAAUAAACGCAAAAAGAAAUAAAAAUGUAACGAGUUUUAAUAAAGAAUUUUAAUCUAA